UGGCUCGCCCCGGCCGCCGCCACCGCCGCGCCAGCUCCUUGGGCGAGCGCCAGUGAAGCGCCGUCGCCCUCUCGCCGGCCGGGCAGCGCCUCCCUGCCCGCUCCGGGCGCUCCCUGCCGGCCUCGCUCCCGGGUUUCCGGCGUCCCUCCCGAAGCGGCCGCGCCGGGGGCGAGCGGCGCGUCCAUGCGGGGCCGAUGGCCGGGGCUCAGCCUGGGGUGCACGCCCUGCAGCUCAAACCCGUCUGCGUCUCCGAAACCCUCAAGAAAGGCGUCAAAUUCGUCAAGUGGGACGAUGACUCCACUGUGGUGACUCCAAUUAUUCUCAGAACAGACCCACAAGGAUUUUUCUUUUACUGGACAGAUCAAAAUAAGGAGACCGAGCUGCUGGAUAUCAGCCUCGUCAAAGAUGCCAGAUGUGGAAAACAUGCCAGAGCUCCCAAGGAUCCCAAGCUGCGCGAACUGUUGGAUGCUGGGAAUGCGGGAGGCCGGCUGGAAAAUCGGAUGAUCACCGUUGUCUACGGGCCAGACCUGGUCAACAUAUCCUACUUGAACCUGGUGGCGUUCCAGGAGGAUAUAGCAAAGGAAUGGUCAGAUGAAGUGUUCAGUUUGGCAACAAAUCUGCUGGCACAGAACAUGUCGAGGGACGCGUUUCUGGAAAAAGCUUACACAAAACUGAAGCUGCAGGUGACUCCAGAGGGGCGCAUUCCUCUGAAGAACAUUUACCGCUUGUUCUCCUCUGACAGAAAGCGGGUGGAGACGGCGCUGGAAGCCUGUAAUCUUCCAUCUUCCAGGAAUGACUCGAUCCCUCAAGACGACUUCACGCCAGAAGUGUACAGAGUGUUCCUAAACAACCUCUGCCCUCGGCCUGAGAUCGACCACAUCUUCUCUGAGUUCGGUGCCAAGAGCAAACCUUACCUUACUGUUGAUCAGAUGAUGGACUUCAUCAAUUUGAAGCAGCGUGACCCACGGUUAAACGAGAUCCUCUAUCCACCCCUAAAACAAGAACAAGUUCAGGUGCUGAUUGAGAAGUACGAACCCAACAGCAACCUAGCAAAGAAAGGACAGAUAUCAGUGGAUGGAUUCAUGCGAUACCUGAGCGGAGAAGAGAACGGCGUCGUUCCGCCUGAGAAACUGGAUUUAAACGAAGAUAUGUCUCAACCACUGUCACACUAUUUCAUCAAUUCCUCGCACAACACCUACCUCACAGCUGGACAGCUGGCUGGCAACUCCUCGGUGGAGAUGUACCGGCAAGUGCUGCUGUCGGGCUGCCGCUGUGUGGAGCUGGACUGCUGGAAGGGGAGGACAGCGGAGGAGGAGCCUGUCAUCACCCACGGCUUCACUAUGACAACUGAAAUAUCCUUCAAGGAAGUCAUAGAAGCCAUUGCUGAGUGCGCAUUUAAGACGUCGCCCUUCCCAAUCCUCCUUUCCUUUGAGAACCACGUGGAUUCCCCCAAACAGCAGGCGAAAAUGGCAGAGUACUGCAGACUAAUAUUUGGAGACGCAUUGCUUAUGGAUCCGCUGGAAAAAUACCCGCUUGAAGCUGGGGUUCCUCUUCCAAGCCCCAUGGAUUUAAUGUACAAAAUCCUGGUGAAGAAUAAGAAGAAGUCACAUAAGUCAGCAGAUGGAAGUGCGAAAAAGAAGCUGUCGGAGCAGGCUUCCAACACGUGCAGUGAUACAUCCAGUAUGUUUGAACCUUCCUCCCCCGGAGCAGGAGAAGCAGACAUGGAGAGCGACGAUGAUGACGACUAUGACGAUGACUGUAAGAAGUCGUCGAUGGAUGAAGGUACUGCUGGCAGCGAGGCCAUGGCCACGGAGGAGAUGUCUAACCUGGUGAACUACAUUCAACCCGUGAAGUUUGAGUCGUUUGAAGUAUCAAAAAAGCGCAACAAAAGUUUUGAAAUGUCUUCCUUUGUGGAAACCAAAGGGCUUGAGCAACUGACCAAGUCUCCUGUGGAAUUCGUGGAAUACAACAAAAUGCAGCUGAGCCGAAUUUACCCGAAGGGGACACGUGUGGAUUCUUCCAACUACAUGCCACAGGUCUUUUGGAACGCUGGCUGCCAAAUGGUUGCUCUUAACUUCCAAACUGUAGAUUUGUCUAUGCAAAUAAACAUGGGAAUGUAUGAGUACAAUGGCAAAAGUGGGUACAGGUUAAAGCCAGAGUUCAUGAGAAGACCAGACAAGCACUUUGAUCCAUUUACUGAAGGUAUAGUGGAUGGAAUAGUAGCCAACACCUUGUCUGUCAAGAUCAUUUCAGGCCAGUUCCUGUCUGAUAAAAAAGUCGGUACCUAUGUAGAAGUGGACAUGUUUGGCCUGCCUGUGGACACCAGAAGGAAAGCCUUGAAGACCAAGACGUCUCAAGGCAACGCAGUCAAUCCCGUCUGGGAGGAGGAGGCCAUAGUGUUUAAGAAGGUGGUUUUGCCUUCCCUGGCCUGUUUGAGGCUGGCAGUGUAUGAAGAAGGAGGGAAGUUUAUUGGCCAUCGGAUAUUACCAGUCUCAGCAAUUCGACCAGGCUAUCACUACAUCUGUUUGAGGAAUGAGAGGAACCAGCCUUUGACACUGCCAGCUCUCUUUGUGUACAUAGAGGUCAAAGACUACGUACCUGAUACGUAUGCAGAUGUGAUUGAGGCCUUAUCCAAUCCAAUCAGAUACGUGAACUUGAUGGAGCAGAGAGCCAAGCAACUGGCUGCGCUGACCCUGGAAGAUGAGGAGGAGGUAAAGAAAGAGAUUGACCACGGAGAUGCACCGUCUGAAGCCAACAGUGAACCAAGGCCAACACCAGCAGAGAAUGGAGUAAAUUACACAGCCUCUCUUACACCGAAACCAGCAACUCAGGUUGUCCACAGCCAGCCAGCACCAGGUUCGGUGAAAGCGCCUGCAAAGACAGAAGAUCUUAUCCAGAGUGUCCUCACAGAAGUGGAAGCACAGACUAUUGAGGAGCUGAAACAGCAGAAGGCUUUUGUUAAGCUCCAGAAGAAGCACUACAAGGAAAUGAAGGACCUUGUGAAGAGGCACCACAAGAAAACCACCGACCUCAUCAAAGAGCACACUGCAAAGUACAACGAAAUCCAAAAUGACUACCUGAGGAGAAGAGCGGUUUUAGAGAAAACAGCAAAAAGAGACAGCAAGAAAAGGUCUGAGACGGGCAGCCCGGACCACAGCUCAACUAUUGAGCAGGAAUUGGCCGCCCUGGACUCCGAAAUGACCCAGAAGCUCGUGGAGCUGAAGGAGAAGCAACAGCAGCAGCUGCUGAACCUGCGCCAGGAGCAGUAUUACAGUGAGAAGUACCAGAAACGGGAGCACAUUAAGCUGCUUAUUCAGAAGCUGACAGAUGUAGCAGAGGAGUGUCAGAACAACCAACUGAAGAAACUGAAGGAAACCUGUGAAAAAGAAAAGAAAGAGCUGAAGAAAAAAAUGGACAAAAAGAGGCAGGAGAAGAUCACAGAGGCAAAGUCCAAGGAUAAAAAUCAAAUGGAAGAAGAGAAGACGGAAAUGAUCCGAUCCUACAUCCAGGAGGUGGUGCAGUACAUAAAGAGGCUAGAAGAUGCUCAGAGUAAAAGGCAGGAGAAACUUGUAGAGAAACACAAGGAGAUCCGUCAGCAAAUACUGGAUGAGAAGCCUAAGUUGCAGGUGGAACUUGAUCAGGAGUACCAAGACAAAUUCAAAAGACUGCCCUUGGAAAUUCUGGAGUUCGUACAGGAAGCCAUGAAAGGGAAAAUCAGUGAAGAUGGAGACCACAGUUCUGCCCCCUCUUCCCUGGCACCUGACAGUGGAAAAUCCAAUCACAAACCUGCGCAAAGCGAGGAGGAAUUGGAAGAGGAUAACCCCGAGAAAGUGUUUGAUACUACUUUUUAACUGCCCCAGGGACAGUGUGGGUGUGCCAGGGCACGGCACUGCCGGCUGCCGGCUCCGCUCUCCCGGGGGGA